GCAACCAAGCAAACCAGUGAGUGGGGAGCAUUCGCGUCUCGCGGUGGGUGAUGGAGGCGCCGGCGGCGGGGGCGCCGCUGCUGCUGCAGCGCGGCGACGGGGUGAUCACAACGACGGCCAAGGGGCGCGCGAGGCGGGCGGCGGCGGAGUGGUGGGCGGAGUCGAAGAAGCUGUCGCGCAUCGUGGGGCCGGCCAUCUUCCAGCGGAUCGCGCUGUACGGGAUCAACGUCGUCUCGCAAGCCUUCAUCGGCCACCUCGGCGACCUCGAGCUCGCCGCCUUCUCCAUCGCCGCCACCGUGGUCGCCGGGUUCAACUUCGGAUUCCUGCUGGGCAUGGCGAGCGCCCUGGAGACGCUGUGCGGGCAAGCGUUCGGCGCCAAGAAGUACCACAUGCUGGGCGUGUACCUGCAGCGCUCGUGGAUCGCGCUGCUCCUCUUCGCCGUGGCGCUGACGCCCACCUACAUCCUCAUGGAGGACCUGCUGCUGCUGAUCGGGCAGUCCCCCGAGCUGGCGCGCCUCGCCGGCAAGAUGAGCGUCUGGCUGAUCCCGCAGCACUUCGCCGUGGCGAUGCUGGUCCCGCUCACCCGGUUCCUGCAGAGCCAGCUCAAGAACUGGGUGACCGCGGUCACCGCCGGCGUCACGCUCGCCAUCCACGUCGUUGCGACCUACCUGCUCGUGCAGCGCUUCCAGCUCGGGAUCGUCGGGGCGGUCGUCGCCGCGGACCUGUCGUGGUGGCUCGUCGUGCUGGGCCAGUUCUUGUACGUCGUCGGCGGGGGAUGCCCGCUGUCUUGGAAGGGGUUCUCGACGGAGGCGUUCGCCGACUUCUGGGAGUUCGUCAAGCUCUCCUCGGCCUCCGGAGUGAUGCUCUGCUUGGAGAACUGGUACUACAGAGUGUUGAUAUUGCUAACAGGGUACCUGAAGAACGCAGAAAUCGCUGUCGACGCACUCUCCAUAUGCCUGACGAUUAACGGAUGGGAGAUGAUGAUCCCAUUGGGCUUCCUGGCAGCAACAGGCGUGCGGGUGGCAAACGAGCUCGGCGCCGGGAGCGGCAAGGGCGCGCGCUUCGCCAUCGUCGUCUCCAUCACGACCUCCGUGCUGAUCGGGCUCUUCUUCUGGUGCGUGAUACUCUACUUCAACGACCAGUUGGCGCUCCUCUUCACGUCCAGCGAGGUCGUGCUCGCCGCCGUGCACAGCCUGUCCGUGCUGCUCGCCUUCACCGUCCUCCUCAACAGCGUGCAGCCAGUCCUCUCAGGGGUGGCUGUCGGUUCAGGAUGGCAAGCGUUGGUGGCGUACGUGAACAUCGGGAGCUACUACUUGGUCGGCAUCCCCCUCGGUGUCGUACUCGGUUGGCCGCUGCGUUUCGGAGUUGGGGGAAUCUGGUCCGGGUUGAUUGGCGGAACCGCUGUUCAGACGCUGGUACUGGCCUAUCUCACUGCCAGAUGCGAUUGGGAUGAAGAGGCAAACAAAGCAAGUACACGAAUGCGAGUAUGGGCCAGCUCAAAAUGAAGCCGUGGUUUCUUGCCUCACAGCGAACAUUGGAGCUCA